CAAGAAAUGGGAGCCUACCAAUCAAAAUUACAACCAAGAAUGACUCAUUUUGACCUUGAUAACUUCUGGCAUGAUUGCAAAAAGAAGACUAUAGAACAAAAUGCAGAAUACAUCAGAGAUCAAGAAGAAAGGGAAGCAUUUAGAAAAGAAGAGAAUGACAAAAAUUUUAAAGAAAGAUUCAGUCAUUCCUCUAGUCUUCACUUAGACUUCUCUACUUAUCACGGUACUGAUUUUAUUAAGACAAUUGGAGAGCAUAUCUUACCUAGACUGAAUACUAUCAGUAUGAGAAACUGUGUAAAUGCCCCAGAUAGAUUUGAGAAGUUCUUUAGGUUCAAUUUCCCUGAAAAGAUUUCCAACCUGAAUAUCUUCAAUGCUGGAUUAGAUUUAUCAGACUAUAACCUAACUGACAUUAGAGCUAUCUUAUCUAAGAGGAUUUCAAAUUCUUUAAGGCUGCAUGGAUUCACUAUGUCUUGUUACAACCUUGAACAGCUUUUGACAAUGGGCUAUAAAUUGAAUAAAAUUAACUUCUCAGGAUGCAAGCUCAACGAUAAUGAGGAUAUCAUCCUCGAGGAAGAAUACCCAAAUCUUGAAGAACUCAACCUUGAGGGUGUCGGACUUUCUAAGGUCAACAUUGAGCAUAUCGUUGACUAUUUGAUCUACAAAAGAGCAGCUUUGAGACUAAGAUAUCUCAAUCUUUAUCAUGAAGGCAUGGAAGAUUUUCUUACUCAGAUAGAAAACAAACUCAGACUUCAUGGAUAUAAAGGAAGCUUUAAGACUGUUGGAGACUUCUUGGCAUUUCUAAACUUCCUUAGCUACACUGGAGAAUUAUUCUCUUCAGGUAUAAAUACUCUCGGAAGAUGGAUGUGCCAUUUGUUCAGAUUGAUUUUCUACCCAAUAACCUUCCUCUACCGCUCAGUAGCUGGUUCUUCAUAAAAGUAUUGCAAAGCCAAGUGUC